AUGGGAAUUAAAGGGUUGGCAAGGUUUUUGGUUGAUAAUGCUCCAAAGAGUAUACAACAACAAUCUAUUGAUAGUUUAAUAGGUCGUAUUAUAGCAAUAGAUGCUAGUAUGUGGAUGUAUCAAUUUCUAGCAGCAAUUAGAGAAGGUAGUCAAUGGGGGAAUUUAACUAAUGAAGCAGGGGAAUCUACAAGCCAUAUUAGUGGUAUGCUAUCAAGAACAAUACGACUAUUAGAGGCAGGUAUAAAGCCAGUAUUUGUAUUUGAUGGAGAACCACCAGAAUUAAAGAUGGAGGAGCUGAUGAAACGUAAGGAGCGACGAGAAAAAGCUCAACAGGAACUAGAAAAAGCUCAAGAAGAGGGAGACACAGAAACAAUAAGGAAACAAUUAAUAAGAACAAUAAAGAUAACUAAGGAACAAAGUGAUGAUGUUAAAUAUAUGUUGAAAUUAUUAGGGAUACCAGUGAUUGAGGCUACUUCUGAAGCAGAAGCACAAUGUGCAGAAUUAUGUAAAGAAGGGUUAGUAUAUGGUGUUGCUACAGAGGACGCAGAUUCAUUGACUUUUGGAACCCCAUUAGUGAUAAGACACUUAAAUUUUUCUGAUGGGAAAUUUUCUGAUUCUAAAGGAAAUAGUAAAAAUAGCUUACAGGUUAUAAAACUUAGUACUGUUUUAAGUGAUCUGGGUCUAUCAAUGCAACAAUUUGUUGAUUUGUGUAUCUUAUGUGGAUGUGACUAUUGUGGGACUAUAAGAGGUAUAGGAGCUUUAACAGCAUAUAAGUUACUCAAGAAACACAAGGAUAUUGAAACAAUAAUAAAUGAAUUAGAUAAAAAUAAGCAUCCCUUACCAAUGAGUUUUGAUUAUAUUAAGGUGCGGGAAUUAUUUACAAAUCCAAAUGUUAUAAAAGCUAAAGAGUUUAGGGAUAAGCUUAAAUGGACAAAUCCCAAUUUAGAGGGUCUAAGUGAAUGGUUAAUUAAACAACAGAAUUUUAGUGAGGUAAGAGUAGCAAAUUAUUGUACACGGAUUAAGAAGUCCAAAGGGAAGACAGCUCAAACAAGCUUGGAUUCAUUUUUUACUUUAACUCCUAAGAAGACCUCUGAAAAUAAGAAUAAAGAGAAAGAGAUAACUAAAGUGCAAGAAGUAAAAGAAACUAUAUCAAAUAUCAAUAAAGAUACACGAAAAGAUUCAGUAAGUGAGUGGGGAGAGAUUAAAACUAAAAUUAUAGAAACUAAAGAGGACAAACUUGAUUUUGAACGGAGAAAUAAAAUAAUUCAGGAAGAUAAGCUCAAUUCUAAAAAGGAAUUUGAUUAUAAUGAAAAACUUCAGUGCAAUUCUACCGCUGAAAAUACCCCAAUUAUAGACAAUAAAGCUAAAGUUCUAAGUAUUAAGAAGAGACGUAUAAAUCGAGUUAAUUAUGAUGAGUAG